UCAACUUAUUAACCUUGGUCAAACCAUGACUUCUAAACAAAAGCUUUUUGUUUCACUGAAGCUGGAGCCAGCAGUAACUUCCAAGAGGGAACAGAUAAUAUCAGAUGACUACAUUCAUACAGCAGCAUCGACAGAGUCUUCAUAAUGGUCCGCAGUCGACAGUGCACUUCUGGUUAAAAACACACCAUGAACAUCUCCAUCCCCUCCAUCCUGCUCGGUCUGGGAUGGAAAUGUCUGCUCAACUGGGCGCUGGUGAUUCUCCAGAGGAGCCACAUCUGCAGAAGCUUUUUGGGGGUUUUCAGUGUGUCCCUGGCGGUCGUAGACACGGCCCUGACCCUCAUUUUCACCAUCAUUCACAUCCACAGUGAUGGACACCUCGUCCUCUUGGACAUGCAGCUGACCAGAUAUCACAUGUGUUUGCUGGUUCAAAUCCUCGGACACGUGUACAGCGCUCUGCAGUGGCCCGUUGUGGUCGUGGCUAGUUUGGAGCAUUUCUACACCAUUUCUCUGCAACCUGCCGCCUCCUGGACAAAAUGGAUGGUCUGCUCACUUGUAACCAUCCUGCUGUGGAACCUGUGCGCUCUCUAUGUCUUCCUGUGGUCUGACUUCAUUCCUGUCUUGGAGGAUGUGUCUCACCAGCAGAUGCAUCAGUGCUGGGUCUCCCAUACCACUGAGAUCCCGCAGGUUGUCACGCUGCUCUUCUUGACUCUGGGCUGUGCAGCGUUACAUGCUGUUUGCAGCACACGUUUAUUAAAAAAUCAUCCUCUGAAAGACCCAAUCACUGACCAAAGUAGAAGUCACUCCAGGAGACGUUUUGUUUACCAAGUCCUGCGUAUAUUUCUGAACACUUGGGCCCUUUUGCUGAUUUUUCUGGCUGUGCUCCUCCUGCUACCUGUGGGAAUACCCUCAUACCUGGGUCUGAAUGUUGCCUGGCUCUGCUUCCUCAACAGCUUUCUGAUAGCAGUUGUUUUGUGUGUAGUCUGUCCCGCCUCACCGUCAGCGCAGGGCUUGGCAGCAGCUCCCCCUGACAGCUUCUGUGAGUGGAGGUUUAAAUUUAGCUUGGCUGCAGAGGAAACAUGACUGCACGAAGCAAAUCUAAUGUGGGAAACACGUAAGAAGAAAUCAAAUUAGAUGAUGAAACAUGAAUGUCUUGUAGUGAGAAAACAAUUUUAUUGUGAUGAUAGCAGUGUGGUUCUGUGGAUGGCUGUGUUGGUCGGUCAGUCCACAACUUUGGCCCAGACUGAAAUAUCUCAACAACUAUUGGAUGGAUUGCCAUGAAAUUUUCUACAAACAUUCUUGAUUCCGAGAGAAUUAAUCCCUCUGACUUUGGUGAUCCCUCAAUCUUUCCUCUAGCCAGGUCAAGGUUUUCACUUAUCUAAGGAAAUAUCUCUACAUUCAUGGUUCCCAGACCAUGUAUCAAAAACUACUGAUGAGAUUAAUUGUAAUAAAUUUGGCGAUCCGUUAAGUUGGAUUCAGAUUCAUUUUUGGCCAGAGAACAGGGCACACUCAAAAUGUACAAUUAUAACAGAAUGAUGAAUGUAGGCAUGAAGUAAACCAUAAAUUACUUUAACAAAGGUCGAAUGUUCAGCAAGAACGCAGACACUAGAGUGGGUAUUGAGAAUCCCAGGUCAUCUACUGCUGUUCUAGCAGUAUUUUUAAGAAUCACCAAAGACGCUUCAAAUCAUCUGGAUGACUGACUUUGUCUGAUGAAUGGUAAAAAAAAUAAUUAAAAGAAAGAUUUUUAAUUCCCCCCCCCCAAUACAAAAAGGGGUGUGUCUUCACUUAUAAAGAUGAAACAGGAGGUAUUGUGCUGCCGUGGAUACGGUUAAGUUAUGCUGUGGGCAACAACUUGAACUCCGAAAUAUAAAAAAAAUAUAUAAACUGACUAAAGCGUUAUUUACCUUAUAUAUUUUCUUUUAUAUUUUGGAGUAUUAAGUAUGCAGAAAUUGCCUUUAGCAGUUCCUGAUUGUUCUGUAUCAGUGGAUGCACAGAUUACUGUCAAUGGAUUACUUUGAUUCUGAACUUAAAAACGUGAUGAUUCUCAGGCAGGCUCUGCAGUUAUGAGCAGUGACUUUUUAAUGUUUUAUAAGCAGGUUUAUUUGCGAUGGACAUUGGAAAUAAUGACGUCCUGAGAAAGAAUAAGUCACACUGAAUGUAAAACUAAGUGGACCAUAUAUGUGUUCAGAUUUGCACAGUUAGGUGCAGCCUGCAGAAUGUUAAAUGUUAAAUGUGAAAUUAAAAGACAAUUUUUAUGCUCUGAUAUUGCAGAAUUGUAGAAAACCUAUAUGGAUAAAAAAAAAAAAAAAAAUCUAUUUUGCAGCAGCAAUAGGAAAGACGGAGGGGACACAGAAGACGCAAAUUUAGAGCUGCAACUAACAAUUAUUAUUAUUGAUCCUUAUUGAUUAAUCUGCAGAACAACCUUGUUGGUGCAUUAAACUUCAGAAAAUAGCUAAAGAUACCUGGAAAAGGUUCCCAGAUGACUUCUCUAAAAAUCUUGUUUAGUGCAGACAAUUUAAAAAUCCAUAAAUAUUCAGUGGACCCUUAUGUAAGAGAUAGAAAUAUGGUAAAUAGGCUGGAACCAGAAACUCUUUUUACCCCUGCCCCUGUAAUGUGUGGGAUUUCAUAUCACACUGCUGCAAAAGUGUGAAUAAGGAAGUUCUAAGGACAAUAUUAGCAUGAGAAGCAGAUGAGAAAGGCAAAAGACAACACUGGUUUGACACUACAGAACUUUACUUGAAUUUGAUCCAAGUUCAUUGUCUAUACAGGGCAUAUUUACAAGAUCUGAAAUCAGGGAAGGGCAAAAACAGAAAAAAAAACAAACACUAGAUACAACUGAGGUAUUAGCUAAAAGCAUUUACAGGUAUGUCAUUUACUAGUAAAUAUCAAUGAUGAUAAACAGUUAGAGAUGCAGUGUCUUCUGCUUAAAAAACAUCUUUUUAUAUCACAACAUGAGGUAGGAGAACAGUGUCUCGAUUCAUGCAAGAACAAAAGUCUCAUCACACUGUAGUAUUGGCAACGUAGUAUGCAAUGGUCAUACACAGACACUGCGUUUCAUUUUCCAGAACAGCAUCGAGGGGGAAGGAGGGUUCUUUUUAGCAAAGCCACAAAUAUUUUCUUUUCAUCUAUGACAGGAUGUGUAGAAAUUAAAACAUUAUAUUCUUAGUAACCAGUGAUCUGUGCGAUGCAGCCCUACUUCCAACUUCUCCCACACCGGCAUAGAAUAAUUACUGGCUGAAAAUUAUACACCCAACUACAAAGCAGACCACCUGCAACAGUUCAAAAGUCACCUUGGAUUUGUUUACUGGUUUUCUUCAAGUAUGGGUCAGUAAAUCCUGUAUUCAAAUGUAUUCCUGUGGUAAAGCCCAGCUCCUUUCGCCUUGUUUUACUUGGUUGGGCAAACUGCACACCUGUAAAAAUUCUGUACAAAGCAUAUCCAAGUUCUCAUAACACUGCAAAAUGCAAAAAGGCCCAGCACGCCAUGUUACAAGGGAUUUUCUCUCCCCUAUCGUUUAGUCCUUUUUUCAUUAAGGUGAAUGCACAAUUAAAGAAGCUAAACAUCGCCCCCUUGUGUAUAAAAUGCAAAUUACACAAAGUAAAAUUACAGAUUUUCAUUAGGUCUAUCUGCUAAUGUGAUGAAUUAAAAUGAUUCUUUUUUGUUCUGCUGAAGAGGUAAUUAAGUCAAUAAAAACUAAUACUGAUCAUCUUUUGAGUGAUGUUAACACAUCCAGACGAGGAUAUAUAUGAUCUCAAAUCAGAAAACAUACAACUACACAUCCAGAGCUACAUGAGCAAGUUUUUCUCUUUCCCUUUUCAAAGCUGCUGUGCUUCAGUCAGACGUGGGAGGUCAACACACUCUCUCUCUCUCUUUCUCUCUCUCUCUCUCUCACACACAAAUUCACAUUAUUUCCAAAUCAAAUUGGGCUACAUUUUAUGUUUAUAAUCUGACUCUGACUUUAUAUUUAUCCUCUGAACCAAUAAUGACAUAAAACUUGCACAUGUUCAAUGUUCAUGCAUCUCAAUAGUUUGUGUUACAUGGGGGGAAACUUUUUUUUUUCACAAUAAACUGAUUGGUAGAGUGGCCCGGUGACACUAAACAUAAGGGGCAGAAAACAUGCAAAAAAAUCAUUUUUUUUUCUUUUUUUCCUUUUUGUUCCCAAAAUGCAUUUUCUUAAACAAAUGUUUUCAAUUUAGCUCGGGGGGGGGGGGGGUUAACAAAGAGGAAAGCUCAUUACAUUACAAGUUAAACAGUUCGUCAGGAUGAAAUCCACAAAAAAAACCAAAAAAACGAAUGCAUCAGUUCAGAAAGGGGGAAAGUGUGUAACAAAGUAUUAUUUUCCUAUUUUGCCUUUGUCCUGCAUCAUGUCUCAGUAAACCAUGCAUUUCACUCCCCCACAUCCACUCGACAAAAGUCAAGUUCUGAUAUCUGCAAAGAUAACUUUUUUAAAAAAGAAAGCAAAAAACAUUUAGGCCGUCUGAAGCCUUAGUUCUGGUCCAAUUUAUAUAACCUUUUGAAGAUUAUUCAUAUAAGAACAGUUAAUAUAUUAAUGACUACUGUAUUUACAAAGUGAAUAUAAAUCUUUAGUUAAUACGUUAAAUAUUUUCUUUCAUAAUUUCAAUAAAGGUUUAAAUGGAACAACAGUAGAGUGUACAUUUGCGGCAUGGGUUUGAUUUAACUGGCUUGCACCUGCACCUGCUUUUAUGACUAUCAACAAACCACAACUGUACCCUGCCCGGUCUUUAAGGUCUGUUAUUGUAAAGGGAAGCUGUGUAAGAAAAUCUGCAUUGAACAGGAUGGAGCACAGUGGAAUGUCUAUCAAUUUGCAUUUAGAGCAGAUGCAUAAAAAAAGCUCAGAGUUUAGCCGAGGCCGAUCCCCUACUCUUUUUAAACAAUUAUUUACACACAUACACUCGCUUACAGGGAUCUCCUUAGUGGCAAUAAAAAGCGUUUUGCCUGGCAACUGACACAAUAAAAGUCCUAUCUUCCUCUGGCUGGACGUCUGCUCGCUCUCCUGGGCAUCUACAAAACACUGCACACCCCCAGCUGAUCUGGCACUUGAGAUGGAUGGACGGGUAUGUGAGAGUGAGUGAGUGACGGCGGUUCUGUGGGAGAGGAGGGAGGUUGUGUUGAGAGCUGGGGGAUCCUGUACAGUCUCACCCCGAGGGCGGGCAGAGGCCCCCAGACAACAACAGCUGCCCCCAUUCUGACGGCACAAAACAAAAAACGCUCCCUCUGUACCCCUGGCGUCCGGGCCACCCAGCCUGCCGCAGGGGAGACUGCACCAGUCCCCUGAGCGCUCCCCUCAAUCCUCCCCUCUCUUCCUCUCCCCUGCCCGGUGCUGUUUGUUCAGCCAGGCAGAAUAACGUGAAGCAGGGCCCAAACCACCCUGGACUAACUGCUUUCACCUGCGACCCACAUCCUUUGACGACACUCUGACAAACAGGGUGGGGAUAAAACCGUUUGCUAACAAUGAAGUCGAACGAUACAAAAAGAAGAAGUCCAGAAAACAGGGACAGACUGGUGCUUUGAUCAUCUGCUGGGAACGCUGGGGCCAUUGUUCUGCCCAAAGCCCUGCACUGCACUGACACACUCGAGUGUGCGCGAGCAUGUAAGGAUGUCGUAUGUAUUAUGGUAACACAGCACAGCUACAGCACAUGCGAGACUCUGCCUUUCUUCUUUCUUAGAAAAGCUACACCGGCUCAACCAGCCCCCGUGUCCAGACACAUUCCUUUCCCAGGAGACUCUGGGGGAGGAGAGCACAUUAAGUGCAUAACACUGCUCGUGAGCUUCUUCAUGCCAAGCCUGAAAGAGCACAGUGUUUCCUGUCUAGCCCAAAGUGGGUGAAAACCACAGUG